UUCUUGCAGCACUGACUUAGCUAAUAUUUACUUCAGUUAAGUGUAGUUGCUAUCACAGUAUUUUGUGGUUGUUCCACCUAGUUAAGGAAAGAAAGCAACAACUGUAUGUUACUCAGGAAAAAAGUUAAGUUACUAAAAUCUAAAAUGCGUACAUGAAUGCAAAAUGUUAAGAAUAAAUAUACAAUAUACUUUUUUGUGCUGUGUGGAAACAGGCAGGGCUCAGCUAGAUAGAGAUUGCAUCUUUCUCUGGUAAAUGUCAUGGUGAUGACAGCAGUGGAGGGGAAGCUAAACAUCUAGAUACUGCUGAUCUGCAGAUGUGCUGUAUCUCAGGGUCUUCUGUUGGCAUCCUUGCUAUUACCAACAUUACCUUACUAACAUUGACUAAGCUGUGGAUUACUCUCACAAACCAUGGAGGUGGUGUUCAAGGAGGGAAUUCUUUACCUUCAAAGAAACAUGUUUGGAAAGAAGACCUGGAAGAAGACAUGGGCGAUGCUCUACCCUCCUAGUAUAUUCGGGAUUGGCAGACUCGAGCUCUACGACCUUGACUGCGACAAUGCCGACACCGCCUCCUCCCCCAGCUCCCAGUUGACCAGGAGCCCUUCAGAGAGGAAGUUGGUUCGGCUUUGUGACUGCCUCAAUGUGACUCCUGCCUCAGAGGACACAUGCCCUCCACCUCCAUCGUCUCUUUACAAUGAUUCAGACUUCAGGGCCUUCUGUGUGAACACCACCCAGAGAAUCUACACUCUGGCCUCCGAGGACCAUCAUGACUGGCUCAAGGCACUCUCCCAGCUAGCCUUCCAGACAGAGCCUGUUGGCUGGAUGGACCCCAGAGAGAAGAGGAGAGCAGACCGGGGCGGAAUGAAGAUGGAAGAAAAUGGCAUCUAUACAACCUGGAAGACAGCCCAGUACCAGGUGAAUGUUCAGACCAAUGAGGCAUCAAGGAGAUGUCAGCUGACAGGAAGUUACCUCCUAUCCCCAGAGCAAGACGGAAUCUUGCUCCAGGACCUUCAGAACCGUCAGACUCUCUACUGUUGGCCCUACUACCUGCUACGCCGAUUUGGACAGGUCAAGGGGGGAUUCUGCAUUGAGGCAGGGCGCCGUUGUACUUCAGGAGAGGGUCUUUUCACCUUCAUGUCUGAGCAUGCUCCUCAAAUCUACAGGACAAUCAAAGACGCCAUUGCUCAGCACAGCGAGAUGGACCAUGAAGACCACAAAACCCUUACCCAGCAUCUAAUUCAGUCAUCCCCCUCUCCUCUCUCCUCUCCUCAGCUUUCACGUAAAACCUCAUCUUCUAGCAGUCCUCACACCUCCUUCGGUCUUCCCCGCCCUCCUUACUCUUCCUCUCCUCCACAUCCUCACACCUCUUCUUCAUCCUCUCGUCUACCUAAAAAACACAAAGGCCAAACCCAUUCCCUGACCGACUUUCCAGACCGGUCUGCUACCCCUCCUCUACCCAUGAGAAACAAUGUCUUACCCAGCACUCCAAUGAAAGCUCCUGUUACCGACUCGGACCUGUGGCAGAAACGCAUUCCUGAGUCGGAUGGUUAUCUGUACGCCACUGUGAAGGACCAAAUCGUCCCUGUGCCGCAGCGAACGCCAGCCCCUCUCCGGAUGCAGCACAGCCUGCCUCUUCAUGAGGAAGAGGAGGAAGAGGACUCCGAAGAGAGAUGCCACUCCCUGGAUGCCAUCAACCUGGACAAACUGGGUUUGGGUGGGGCAGGACAGGGAGUGGAAGAAGCCUGUACUUAUUACAAUGUCAGGAAGGGUUUAAUUAGGAGGGCAGAGGAGAAGAGAGAGAGAGUGGGAGAAAGCUCAGAUUGGGUUUAUGCUGAGGUGAACAAGCCCCCACUGACACAGCCACCGCCUCCAGCCCAGACCCAGUUCCUGGGCCAGCUACGCGGGGGAGAGGAGACGGGCUCGCUGGGAUCCGGAGGCUCUGUCACCACUUUUAAACAGAAGCUCUCUGACAUCCUGUGUAAAGACCUGGCUAAGUUCCAGCCCCCCGUUUACCCCCGGGGCCCGCCGUCACCAAAAGCCAGUGACUCUACUAAUGCCUAUCAUUACUAGAGGAAUUCCAGGAAGGACUGGGGUG